AUGUAUUCUCAGAAAAAUGCUUCAUCUAAUUAUACAACCUAUUGUCUAUUUGAUAUUGCAUUAUUUCUUCGAUAUGCAGGAACCUUGACAGUUAUACUUGGUUUUAUUGGUAAUUUUUUAUCAAUUGUUGUAUUUAGUCGAAAAGCACUUCGUUCUCGUUCAUGUUCAAUAUAUUUUUUGGCAUUGAAUGUAAGUGACAUAUGGGUAUUAAUUGGUUAUACAUUAGAAAAUUUACUUUAUCAUGGCUAUGGAAUACAACUUUUAUCAAGUGCAUUUAUGUGUAAAUCGGUUAUUUUUCUUAUUUAUGCCUCAACAGAUAUAUCAAAUUAUCUUCUUACAUUAGCUGCUAUUGAUCGUUGUAUAUUAAUAUCACAUAGAACAGCACAUUAUCGUUUUUGUCGAGCAUCAACAGCAAAAUUACUUAUAGUUGUUGUUGUUACCUUAUUUAGUUUGAUUAAUAGUCAUUUUCUUUUUGGAUUUCAUAUUGAUCAGAAUGGUUCAUGUUUGCCAGCACCUAAGCAAUAUAUAGACUUCUAUGUUCAUCAUUAUGAUUCAUAUAUUGAUAUAAUGAAAACAGUGUUAAUUCCAUUUAUAAUCAUAUUUAUUUGUAAUAUAUUUAUUAUAUCAUUAUUAACACGAAAACACAAUUUAUUACGAAGAACUUCUACGCAGCGACGACGUCUUCGUCAAGAAAAAGAUCGACAAUUAACUGGUUUUCUUUUAUUAACAUCAAUAUUAUUUAUUGUUUUAUCAUUACCAUCAGAAAUAAAUGAUUUUUUACGUACAUAUUUUAGUCGUCAAUUUCAAAUUGAUUAUGCAUGUCAAUUAUGGACAAGUACAACAAUAUUUAUUCUUUUACAUCAAAUACAUCAUGCAUCACAUUUUUAUGUUUAUACAUUAACUGGACCAAUGUUUCGAAAAGAAUUUCAAAAAUUUAUUUGUCAUUAUAAAAAUACUAAUCAUAAAGAAAAUUUAAAUGAUUUUCCUAGAAGAGCAACUAUAAUGAGUCCUCAAACAAAUCAUGAAGAUACUGAUGAUCAACGAUUAGGUGUAUUUCUUCGACAAACUCGUUCAUUUUCACGUCUAAGUUUUAAAACAGAUGUUUAA